ACGUGUGCGUAUUCUCACUUUCUGUUGCUCAGCACACAGCAACAACUUGAACGGCUCCAGAAAAAGGAGAUGAGGUUCAUUCUUUUCUUCCAGUUUUUUGCCUGUUUUUCUCACCUGUGGGGACGUCUGAUGUGUCAGACUGUGAUCCAUGGUCAUAAUUACAGUUUGGAAUGUCUGAAUGAUUACCUCUUUACCAUCAAGUGCGAGUUGAACAGGACCUCUGAGCCUCAACCCCAUGAUGAUGCCCUCUACUGGCUGGAAUUCUACGAUGAAAGGGAGCCGUUUGAGUGUGUGUUAACGUCACAGACAUACCCCUGGGUGUGUGUCCUGAACCUGUCUACUCGGGUUGAAGACCCUUUCAUGGACGUAGACCGUUUCCAGAUCUCGUUUAACUAUAGUUUCCAUGACAACAAUGGAUCAGCAGUGCUGAACACAAACUACAUGCCAGUACAAUAUAUUCAGCCUGUCCCUCCAUCGAACCUGAUGUUGCUAUGGAAACCAGAUGAGGCUGUUUUCCACUGGCGCAGCGGCUAUAACGAAAACAUUAGGCUUGUCCCGAACCUCAAGUACCAUCUCCGCAUAUACGGAAAUGGCAAGGUGGCGGAUGUCCGUUCCAGUCAAACCAAUGUGUCGGUGCCAGUGUCCAUCUUUGCACCUAACAAUAACUACACAGCUCAUGUGCGCUCAAGCCCUCAUCAGACACAUUACAAAGGCGUUUGGAGUCACUGGGGUCCCUCUAUUUACUGGACGACAGGACCCACUAACAAAGCAGACACUUCAGAUACCUCUUUCGCCACAGUCUGUCUGGCUCUGUUCUUGCUGCCGGUGAUAUUGCUCUGCUACUUUUCGUACACCAGGUGGAAAAGGUGUGUACUGAACCCAAGUCCUGCUCCUCGUAUUGGAGAUUUCAAAUGUUCAAUGACGAUGCCAGAGAAUGUGGGUGAGCUGCUACAGAGGGAGAAGUCUAUGCAGUUUGACAGCUUGACUGAAGAGCCAAAUGCCGCCCAGUAUGAAAAGACAAGCAUGCCUCAGUCUUCUGUGGAAUCAAAGGGGAGCAUGAGUAACUGGAUGCAGGUUUUGAUGUUAGCAGAGAAGGAGAGUGUGACGUACAGUUAUGACUACUGCACGCUCUCACACACCCAAAGUGAACAUGUUGACAACACACACAAGAGCUAAACAAGACAUGUGCAUUCAGAACAACCGCAUACAAGCUGGAAAUGUUAACAGCUAAUACACACACACACACGAAUUACAUAUUUCGGACAGUUUGAAUUUUGAAAUGAAUGCGUUUUUCUUGAAAGCAUUGUAUUACUUCAUUUCAUUUUUUCACAUUUCCAUCAGCACUUCGUGCUGCUCAAAGAAACGUCGCACAGCUCAGCUUCACUGUGCUUCCUGGAUGUUGUGAUGCAAUACUAAAACGAGGCACAUGGAGAGGUUAAAAUGUUGUACAAUCCCUCAGUAACUCAGCCUCAGAUGCUGCUUCCACAAGCCAAAAGAAUGCAUGAUAUGUUUUGUGCACUUUCCUGGCAAAAUCUUCAAAGUGGUGUAUUCACCUCGAUCUGAUGGCUUCCAACAGGAAAAGAAACCGAGCCGAGAAAACAGUUCUUGGAAACCCGUAUUUGAAAGAUAUUCCAGAGGUGCACAAAGGACGGGUUUCAAGUACGAAUACCACUGGCUCCCAAAGCAAUUCUGACUAACCCUGCAUGGUCCCGAAGGAAUUCUAAACAACCCCAACCAUUCCCAAAGGAAUUUUGAACAAUUCUGCCUGCUCUGGAAGGAAUCUUGAGCAAUCCUGCUGGCUCUCAAAUAAAUUUAGAAUGAUCCCACCCUCUUCUAAAGGAAUUCAUAAUAAUCCCACCCAUUCCCAAAGAAAUUCUAACCAAUCCUGCCUACUCCUGAAGGAACUGUGAAAGGAAUUCUGGACAAUUGUGCCAUCUCCCAAGGAAUUCCAAAAAAAAAAAAAAUCCCAUAGACUCCCAAAGGAACACUGAACGAUUCCACUGGCUCCCAAGGUGGGGUUUACAUUAGACCGUAUCAGCGGAUCAUCAGAUUAACGUUUUUAAAACGAUUAGCGUGCACACAGCAACGCCAAUACACGAUUCGCGUGCACACAGCAACGCCAAUACACAGAUACGCUCGGCUCUGCAGGCAUCCUGCGCUCCAAAUCACUCCACCCUGAACAGCGAGUGCCCUCUGGAGGGUGCGCACUCCGGCCCUGCGCAGCUCACAGAGCGCGCGAGUGGAGUGCACGAGCAGUGAUUUGGGACUGAGCCGCUGUGUUUGUGAUCUCAGUGCAUGUUGGGCAUGCGCGUCACUUACCGCUUGCAAGUGGAAGGAUGGCAAGCCUAAAGACAAUCAUAACUACACAAUGGGCAGUAUUUGCAUCAGUAUUUGCAGUAUUUUCAUACUUUUAUACUCUUUAAUGAAAGGUGAUACAAGGCGGAAGUCCACGCCGUUUUUCAGCAGUCGCGUCACAUGACCAACGCCAGCGAAUCAGGAAGGUGGAUGUCACAGUGACGUUGUCCAAUGACGACGCCAGCUAGAGCUCAGCACAGCGUAUCCGCGUAUUCUCAAUGUUUACACAGCACUGGACCAGACACUAUCUGGAUUGAAUACGUGGACCCUGGCGGAUUCCCGUUUCCCGGCGUUUUAAUGUAAACGGACAGUGCAUCCGCAAAGAAAACGAGACAGAUACGGUCUAAUGUAAACUUGGCCCAAAGGAACACUGAACGAUUCCACUGGCUCCCAAAGGAACACUGAACAAUUCCACUGGCUCCCAAAGGAACACUGAACAAUCUCAUCUGCUCCCAAAAGAAUUCUGAACAAUCCCACCCACUACCAGUGGAACUCUGAAUGAUACCAUUGUCUCCCAAAGGAAUUCUGAACAAUUCCACCGACUACCAAAGGAAUUCUGGAUUAACCCACAGGCUCCCAAAGGAAUUCUGAACGAUGUUACCCAUUUCCAAUGAAAUUCUGAAUGAUACCAUUGGGUCCCAAAGAAAUUCUGAACAAUUCCAUUGGCUCCCAAAGGAACACUGGACAAUCUCACCUGCUCCCAAAGGAAUUCUGAACAAUGUUACCCACUCAAUGGAAUCCUUAAAUGAUACCAUUGGCUCCCAAAGAAAUUGAACAAUUCCACUGACAUUGAAUUUGAUUCACUACCAAAAGAAUUCUGAACAAUUCCACCCACUACCAAAGGAAUUCUGAAUUAACCCACAGGCUCCCAAAGGAAUUCUGAACAAUGCUACCCAUUCCCAAUGGAAUUCUGAACGAUACCAUUGGCUUACAAAGAAAUUCUGAACAAUCCCACCGGCUCCCAAAGAAACACUGAACAAUCUCACCUGCUCCCAAAGGAAUUCCUAACGAUUCCACCCACAACCAAAGGAAUUCUGAAUUAACCCACAGGCUCCCAAAGGAAUUCUGAAUUAACCCACAGGCUCCCAAAGGAAUUCUGAACAAUGUUACCCAGUCCCAAUGGAAUUCUGAAUGAUACCAUUGGCUCCCAAAGAAACACUGAACAAUUCCACUGGCUGCCAAAGGAAUUCUAAAUCAUCCCAAAGGGAUUCUGGACAAUGUUACCCACUACCAGUGGAAUUCUGAAGGAUACCAGUGGCUCCCAAAGGAAUUCUAACAAUUCCACUGGCUCCUAAAGGAACAAUGAACAAUCUCACCUGCUCCCAAAGGAAUUCUGAACAACCCCACAUGGUCCCAGAGGAAUUCUGAACAAUCGCAUCUGCUUCCAAAAGUUUGAACAAUCCUGCUUGACUGCAAAGAAAUUCUGAACAACCCUAUCCCUCUUCCGAAAGAAUUUUGACCAAUCCUGCCCAUCCCUGCAGUUAUUUUUGUACGAACAUGCCCGCAAUAUUUUCAAAUGUAGUUAUGAGUUCUAGUUCCCAAAAUAUAAAAUGUGAAGCUGACAAAAUUUUUCCUAUUGAACAAACAGUAACUAGAAGCUGACAAAAAAAAAAGUCAUUCUUUAAGUCGUCAAAUUUUUAAUUAUUGGCAAAUUGCUGAGAAAUAAAACAUGUAACUCUGCUUCAUGACACCACCACUUACAGCAUGUCCCCAAGUGUUUCUUCUUUGCCUAUUUGUCAUAAAGUAUUGGAAAUCAAAGAUGGUAUAGCUUUAAGAAGAGAUGUGUUUGAAUAUUUCUCAUGUUGGCCGUUUUAUUUUUAUAUACAUCAUAUAUUGCUGCGCUCACAUAAUGUCGGAGAAUUUGGGAGGACAUAAAAUCUUCCUGUUAUUUACAACUUGAUAGCAUCCAUGCAUGGUCAUUUUGUUUGCUUGGUUUAAAUUGGCAGUUGUGGGUUUUAUCCAACAUUAGCACAAUACUUGAUGAUCAAUCAGUUGUCAAAACCGCUUUGCAAUUUUUCAAUGAACAAUUGGUCAAGUUGCAAGAAACUUUAAACCUUCAUGAUGCUAAUCUUUGAACCAUUUUUUAAAAACUAAUAUUUCAAAUUCAAGUCAUUGUAAUUCAUCAUAAAAUGAAACGUAAAUGAACAUUUCCUUGGACGAACUAUUGCCAGGUGCUGCACUUCAAGUUUUGGUCGAGGAAAUUAAGGCUUUCGGAGAUCUCCAAAUUUCUAACUCGGAAUUGAAAUCUGGAGGGCAAAGUGAAUGCCCCGCCCCACCAUCUGAAAAUGGUAAUUACGGUUAUUCCUUUAUGACAUAAAUUCAGCAUUUGGCACAAAUAUAUUGAAGUUGCUUGAAGAUAAUACGAUAUUACGAUAUUGGUUUCCAAUCUUCAGAAUUUACUGGACUUGCACUCCAUCUGCAAAAUAUGGCAUUCAACAAAGCAAUUCGGAAAUACAACCCCAAAUCAGAAAAAGUCAGGAUGGUAUGGAAAACGCAAAUAAAGAAAGCAGAGAAUUUACUUUGACUCGUAUUUCAUUACAGACAGUGUGAACCCAAAACAUUUUUGUUAAUAUGUUGAAAUUCCUGUAUUUCAGUCC